AUGGACAUCCGCGAAAUUCAGCGCUGGACACGACGACAGAGUUUAGACAUGUACACUCAUUCAAAUCAUAUCCCCCAACCCCCACAUUCAGCUGGUCUUCAGUAUAAAGGUCUGCGUCCACGCAUCGACCCAGCCCAGGUUCCAUCUCCUAUUGAUGCUAUUGAGAGAGACCGACGGGUAUGGGAAUCAAAGACACAUACAACGCUACCAGGAACCCAUGCACCGCUCUGUACUUCUGAUUUUGUUGCUGUUGAUCAGGGCAAUUCAUCUCCCAAAUUUGUUCGCGUGUCGACAUGGAAUAUGCCCAGUACCUCUAAACUCGUUUCAGACUGCCAUGUUCCAGUAGCUGCCAUAUUUCAACCUUUUGCAGAACAAAGUCCUGCCGAAGAGCCAGUACCUGUUAUUCAAACGGGGCCUUCGGGUCCACCUCGAUGCGCUCGAUGUAGGUCAUACAUCAACCCAUGGUGUAGAUGGAUGUCAGGCGGUAUCCGAUGGAAAUGUAAUCUUUGUGGACACGAAACAGAAGUGACUCCUGAAUACUUCUGCAAUUUGGACGCCAAUUUUCUGAGACUAGACCAUAUGCAGCGCCCGGAAUUGAACAAGGGAACGGUGGACUUCGAAGUUACCUCGUCUAAAGAAUAUUGGGCACAGAAUCCUCCGGCUCACAUAGCUCAGCCAUUCUACUCUGUUGAGACUGUGCAACCAGGCCCACGGGACCCGUGUUCCUUGACGUACAUUUUCGCAUUUGACGUAUCAAUUGACGCGAUCUCUUCGGGAUUUCUUCAUGCCUCUUGCGUCGCGUUGAAAACUAUUCUUUACGGAAACCCCGACCUUGGGAUUGAGCCUAGCUACCCGACUUCCAGCAGACUCGCGAUCACUACUUUCGAUAGCUCGUUGCACUUUUACGACCUCGCUUCAGAGAUAACUCAGAUGCUUGUUGUUGCAGACCUUGAUGAGGUGUUCUUACCAAAACUUGGGUUAUUUGUAGAUCCUAUGGAGCGAAGAUCUGCUGUAGAAUCUCUAAUUGACAGUUUACCUUCGCAAUUUGCCGGUGCAACGUCUAGCGACUCGUGUUUGGGUUCUAUGAUUCGCGGCAGUCUCGCCGCGCUGGCCGGCAGAGGUGGACAUCUGGUUCUUUUCCAUUCAGCGCUACCUACUGUUGGUGCAGGCGAGCUACCUCUUACACCUCCGGCCGAGACAGCUCUGUAUGACACCGAUAAAGAAAAAACAUUACAUUCUCCACGUUCUGGCACUUGGAUAUCGAUUGCUGAAGAGUGUGCUGAGCAUGGUGUUGCGGUGAGCAUGGUGCUGGCGCCAAGCAAAUAUAUGGAUACAGGGAGUGUUUGUAUUGUUGCGACCCGCACAGGCGGCGAUGUAUUUUGGCAUCCGCGUUUCGUUCCGGAGAGAGAUGGGCCCGUCGUACAAGGUCAGCUGCGAAGGCUUGUAUCAAGAGGCCAAGGAUAUAAUUGUAUGGCGCGUGUACGGACUUCCUAUGGUCUGCAAGUCAAAGCUCACUAUGGUGCUUUCUAUACAUCUGCACCAAAUGAGCUCGCAUUCGCCAACAUGUCCUCCGACGCGGCGUUCUCCGUUGAACUUGAACACACACGCACCCUGUCACCUCGAGAGCAUGCCUUUCUACAAUGCGCCGUUUUAUAUACGAGUGUCGAAGGACAAAGAAGGGUCAGAGUGAUAAACCUUGCAAUGGACGUUGUGGAACUUGCCGGCAGCCUUUUCCAAUAUGCAGAUCUAGAGAGCGUCCUAUCUCAUUUCGCGAAAGAAGCCAUGUCGACAAUGUCCCAACAGAGGACUCUUAUCAUCAGGGAAGAGCUUACAGAAAAGUGUGCUUCACUACUUUUGGGUUAUCGAACUCAGUGUGCGGCAGCUACGCGGUCUACUCAGCUAAUUAUUCCGGAGGCAUUCCGUGCCCUUCCGGCUUUCACGCUCGCGCUUCAGAAGACCAAACCACUCAAAGCUCGUCAGGUGUCAUCUGACGUUCGCAACUACCACGUACACCAUAUCCUCUCCAUGUCUCCCAGGGCACUUAUGCACUAUCUCUAUCCCCGUUUACUCGCUCUACACGACCUAGAUGAUCAUAUUGCACUACCACAAGUUGUCACAGAAGAGGAUGGAACCAAAACUGAAAAGACUCUCAUGCCAUUCUGCAUGCGCAACAGCUACUUCUUCAUGGAAGCAGGAGGCAUCUACCUUAUAGGCAUGUUUUGCGCUUGA